CCCAGCUACAAAUUUAGGGAUUGCAGGUGACCCCUGACAACCUUCCUCUAGAUGGAGCCUGACAUUUGACCACCAGCUGAAAGACAAUCUCUGAUCUUAGGCUACAGCUCCCCCUCCCCCACAGUGACCUCACAAAGGUUACUAGCUACUCCUCAGACACAGAGACCCUCUGUGAUGGCCCUUGUUGCCCUAGUGGGGAGCAUCGCCCUGAUGUUCCCGCUGAUCUUCAGGGCAUCCACGUGGGCAUGUCUCUUCUGCUUCACCACCCAUGAGGAACGCCUUCGUCUCUGCCAGAUGUUUGUGGGCACAGAGGGCCCCAAGCUGGGCCAGUGUAAAGACUCACUCACAGCUGCCUUUGAGGGUCUCUCAGACGUGGAAAUCAACUAUGAUGAGAGGGGGCACCUGCACGAUGCUUUCACACAGAUGACACUCGCCCUCCAGGAGGUGGCUGCCGCUCAGGGGUCCUUUAAGGCUGCCUUCCCUAGUGCUGCAGCAAAAAUGAAGAAGACCAUUCAACAGCUUAAAAAAGCCCAGGACUGCAUCCCUCCUUGUGGCGUCCAGGAGGUCACUAGGCGUUUCUACUGUUGGGGCUGCUUUUCCACAGUCUGCGACCUCCCUCUAGACUGUCCAGGUGAGGUGGCUGCACAGGCACGCCAGGGAAGGGGCGGGGCUUGUGUAGGCCCGCCAGAAUCACCUUUCCUCUCCUCUCCAGUUCAGGACGUGACGGUGAAGCGAGGGGAUCAGGCUUUGUUUUCUUGUAUCGUGGGCUUCCAAUUGCCUGAAUCGGAGCUCACUUACUCAUGGAAAUUCGCGGGAGGAGGUGUCCGGACUCAGGACGUGUCCUACUUCCGUGAUGUGCCAGGGGCCCACGGCUACCUGGCGCGGAUCCGGCCAGUGCAACCCACGCACCGCGGGACCUUCUCCUGCGUGAUCCUGCACGACCAACGCCCCCUGGCGCGGCUCUACUUCUUUCUGAACGUGACUGGCCCUCCUCCGCCUGGGGAGACUGAGCUCCAGGUCACGUUCCGGGAAGUGAUGCAUUGGACGCCGCGGGAGGCGGAAAUGAUCGAGCCCUGGAGGCCCAGCCUAAGCGAACUGCUUGCCAGGCCCCAGGCUCUGACGCUUGGCAACCUGUUCCUGCUCGCGGCUACUGCUGCACUCGUGUCUGCUACUGUCACUGUGUUAGUGUGGGUGUUUUUUCGAUGGUACUUAAGUGGCCCCUAACGAGGCUAUCUGCCCUGAUCUGACAUUCAUCCCUGAAAUAAAGAAUGUAUUUCAGUUCUGA